CACAAACAUAAUGACUUCGAAUCAACUCUCUUUGUCAGCAAUGAUUCACCCCGUCGGUCUCUUGAAGAAGCUUCUGAACAAAGUCAGCCAGUAUAUUAAUAAACUAGUCCUUAAUAAGUGGAUUUGUUCAGCGAAAGAAGUUGAUCCUGUAAUCAAACAAACGAAAAAUGGAUAUAUCAGAUCUGACUUCUACCCUAAACGAAACCACUCCAUAACCACGCUAUCAAACGACAACAGCACCCGAGCCUCUUCGACACCCGAAUCCUUUCCUAAAGUCAUCUUCUAGUAUAGAGGCAUAUAUAAGUGUAUAUAAAUAUAAGAAUGAAUUGAUGCAAAAUCCCAUCACGUGCGUAGGCUUUUAACCAAAAAAAAAAAAAAUGAAAAGUCUUACGAAGACUGAAAAAUCUUCUUCAUUAACAUGAAUAAAGUAUUGAAUAGAGGUCUAGCCACGAGUGGAAGACUAUUAGCGAAGGCGGUGAAACAGGAGACCGCUAAGCCAAUUUUGGGACGCCCCAGUAACAAUUUAAGUCUGGGAGUAGUUGGAUUAGCCAAUGUCGGUAAAAGUACUUUUUUCCAAAGUAUCACCAAGACCAAUUUAGGUAUAGCAGCCAACUACCCAUUUGCUACAAUUGAUCCUAGCAAAUCCUUAGUUACUGCCGAGUCUCCGGAAUUGGAGAAACUAGCCGAAUUAUACGGGCUGAAGAAAAAGAUACCUAGCAGUUUAACAAUCUAUGAUAUUGCAGGCUUAACUAGAAACGCUGCAAGUGGAGCCGGGUUAGGAAAUAAGUUUUUAGCCGAUAUCAGAAUGGUUGAUGGGAUAUUCCAUGUUGUGAGAGGAUUUAAAAAUGACGACAUUGUUCAUAUAGAGGAAGGUGAAAUUGACCCGGUGAGAGAUUUAGUGAUUGUUAACGACGAAUUGAUAUUAAAAGAUAUCGAAUUCGUAGAGUCUGCUCUUGAAAAAAGCGGCAAACACUCUUAUAAACCAGGCUUCAGCGAUGACGUUUCUCAAGUAUUGAAUAAAGUUCAGGAUUUUUUAUACGAAGGUAAGAAAAUCAGUGUUGGAGACUGGUCUUCCAACGAGGUUGAAAUUAUUAACAAGUACAACUUUAUCACUGCGAAGCCAACCGUCUACUUAUUGAAUGUCAGUGAGGCAGACUUUCUCAACCAAACCAACGAGUUCCAUCUGUCUGUCCAAGAAUGGAUUGACCAAAAUUGUCCUCAAGACCAUUUACUAAUGUUUCUGGCCCAAUACGAGUCUAAAAUCAUUGAAGAAAACUUGGCCCUGGAUAAAAGUGCCAACAACCUCAUCAUCAACACCAUGAGAAAAGCCCUCAGACUCAUCUCCUUCUACACCUGUGGCCCAAAAGAAGCCCAUCAAUGGACAGUGAGAGAAAACAGUCUUGCUCCCGAUGCUGCUCAAGUCAUUCACAAUGACUUAAAAGAUACCUUCAUCAGUGCCCAAGCCUACAAGUACCAAGACUUGGUCCACGAACAGGCUCCGUUGAAUGAAGCCUCACUCAAAAGUAAAGGGAAGCUCUACCGAUACGGUAAAAACCAAUCCAUUGAAGAUGGUGAUGUCUUGGUUAUCAAAGCUGCUGCUGCCAAAAAAAGAUAAGGCCCAUGCCUCUCUUUUAACCUUCACACGAUCGCUAACCUGUAUAAUACUUUACUACUUUUGCCUUCCAGAUACCCUCUUGUAUAUAUUGCUAUUUCAUUUCAAGCAUUAUCUCUCUUA